AUGACACAUUCUUCAGCCGGGAUGCCCUAUAUCAAGAGCGAGCCCGAUGAGUUCGGGAACAAUCCUAACAGGUUCAUGUCAUCGGCCAACUAUGGCAACUCUCAGGGCUAUGGCAACCAGUUCAACAACCAACAUGAUGGCGGAAGCAUCGAUCCCUCAGAGCUGUCCAUGUCCACCAACUAUGGUAGCAUGCCAUACAACUAUGGUGGAAACACCAUACCUUCCAACUUUGCGGUGGGGCCUGCCUUCACUGAUAACGAGUUGUUAGAGUCACUCGACUUCGGAAACAAUAAUGGCCAAGGCAUGUUUGAUGAUUUCACAAUGGCAAAUCCACCCAACAGCAAUAACAGAACUUCAGGUGCCGUCCAGAUGGAACAGCCGAACCAGAUACCAAACGUCUAUUCUAGUACUCCGGACGGUCCUCCCAUUCAGAGCCCAUUCCUGGGGACUUUUGACUACAAUCAAUUCAGACCCAUGGGCUCUCUUCCGAGUCACAUGUCGCCUCAUCAAGGCUCCCAGUUCGGAAAGCGUCCUAGCAUCCAGGCGACAAACCGAAAGUCGUCCGAUCAGAGAACCCCCUUGACGCCACGUACAGCUGCGAUGGCGGGACUUCAGAUCGGUACCCCAGAGUCGGCGAAUCUUGCUAAUGGUCGUCCCAUCCGCGCUCCAAACGUCCAGAACCGACACGCUAAGACCUUGUCGGGACAGUACGACAGCACCCCUGGGAGCUUCCAUUCAUACCUAGAUUCGCCGUUGUCUUCUCCCAGCAAUGGCAUCCAUCAUGCUGGCAUCUCUGAAACUCUUGGAUCCGGUCACCAUGCCUCUCUGCCGGCCAAGGUUGAUACCGGGCUGAGCACUAGCAAUGCAGAGACUGCCGAGGCUAAAAAGCGAAGGAGGCGUGCGUCACACAAUGCCGUUGAACGGAGACGGCGGGACAAUAUCAACGAACGCAUCCACGACUUGUCCCAUCUAGUGCCACAACAUCGCCUGGAGGAUGACAAGAUCAAGAAACAGCUGCAGAGUACCGGACCAAUGUCGCCCACUACUGGCGCUACGAGCAUGAGCCCGCCAAAUGCUAACAAUGCUGCUACGUCGUUACUUGCAGGCGGAGCCGGUCGUCGCGCAGCCAGCACUGCGGGAAACAUCACCAUCGGACUACCGAUCGAGGAGAAGGAGAAAGGUCCUAACAAGGGUGAUAUCCUCAAUGGCGCGGUGGCAUGGACUCGAGAUCUCAUGUGGGCAUUGCAUCAAAAGUACCAACAGGAAGACGAACUGCUCCAGUACAUCCAGUCGCUGGGUGGUCAAUGGCCAUUCCAAGUAACGGACGACGAGAAGCGUAUGCGCUCCGAGGUCAUGGAUGCCAUGGAGAAAAAUGAUUCCAGCACAUUUGCCUACUCCAGGACAGAUGGUACUGGACUGCGGGUCCCUCGGCACACCAAUGUCGCUGGUGAUCGGAUCCAGAACAACCCCAGCCUCAGUCCUCAAAGCAACUUCGAGCUAAGCCCUGGCUUCCACAGUGGCGGCAGCGGCACCAAUAGUGGCAGCAAUGGGGCUGGCCAAACACAAUACUGGCAUAGCGCUGGACAUACAGGCAUCAGCUUCAAGGAAGAAGACGAGUUCAUGGACAUGAAUUGA